AUAUAAUGGAGGCAACACCAAAAGUACAUCGUCAUCGUCAAAGACGUACCGAAUCACGUCAUAGACGUAACGAACGACAGGCAACAACCACAAGCAGUACUUCAGAUAGUAAAUCUCCAGCACGUACCAACAACACUGACAACAACAUACUACAUGCCGAAGAGGGUACUUGCGCUGGCAAUGUGGUGGGAUCAGAUGCUUUAAUAGCGGCCGUGGCAACACGUCUGCUGCAAGAGCACGAACGACAAACAUCAAAUGAGGAUACAACAGAAACAUUGGGCGGUCCAACCUCCAGUCAAACAUCACAGUCCCAGCAAACGGUGGUCCUGGUAAAUGGUCAUGCUCCACAGGAGAAUACCAGUGCAGAAAUUCAUACUCAUCACAACCACAAUCAGCCAGAAAUAAAUGAAAACAACGAUCUUACAAAACCCUCAGAAGCAGAUGCUAGUGAAUUGGCCGCUACCGGACCACCCGAUGGUCCCAGCAGCAGUCGUAACUCAUCGGGUGAUGCUAUGAGUUUACGUGAAACUUUACAACAAUUACCUCCCACCAUAACAACGCAUAGACAUAGGCGCACUCUAUCACCCCAUUCUCCUUCUCGUCGCGUGCACGAAACUGCAGCAGAUGCCUCAUUUGCUCGCGGUAUUUUAGGUUUCAUGGAUCGUGAACUGAAACAGUCCUCGCCCACACCAUCGGCCUUAAGUGCUGGCAGUGGUGGUGGGGCGGGACGAAAACAUCAGUCCCUGUCAGAUCCCACAGCUAGUCCGGCCCAAAGAUCCAUACGUUCGCGUAGCUCACUGGAAAAGAGUCCUCGGCGCAAGCGCAGUAAAUCGGAGUCUAGGCGCCGGCGUGAACGUAAGCUUAUAGCGGCUGGUGAAAUGGAAGUGAGGCAGGCGAACGAAACAUUAAUGCGCUAUCUGAAGCAGUGUUCGGAAAUGAAUGAUGCUUCGUUGUCGGGUGAAUUAGAAAUCGAUCAGAGUCUAGAGGAACGAAGAGUACAUCGAAAGACAAAGUCGCAGCGCGAUAAAAGGGGGCAUAUAAUAAGUAAAUUUUAUACAGCCAGUGGUUUAACAUCGAUAUUAAAAGAGCUUUCAGAUGACAUUGUACCCGCUGAAGGAGAAGAAAUUUACAAUCCAUUCACACCGGUCGUCUCACCCACAGAUGAUACGCCCGCGCACAUUGAUAAAAUGUUCAUGCAGACGUCAUCAGGAUAUCGACCAGUUGAGCAUUACAGUUAUUAUGGGAAACAUUCGUUUAUGCGUUCGGGUGGCAUGAGUGGUCGCAUUGGUGGCCAUACAGCGAACUAUGGUGAUACAAAUAAUGGUUGUGGUGGCGGUGGUAGUGGUGGUGGUGCAGGCGGUGGCAGUGGUAUACGUAGUAGUAGUGGUGUUGGCAGCGGUUUGCUACAUGAAGGUGUUAGUGGUGGUGCCGGCUUUGGUAUGCGCACGAGUGGUAGUUAUGGUGAUACUCGCUGUCUCUUAGAUGGUGAAUAUUAUAGACAAGAAAUCACCACCAACAUACAACUGGCCUGUGUAACUCAACGAAUUUGGUUAUUAAUUUCCAAUAUAUGCCAUGGUCUACUAGCUGGUCUAGCCUUGGCUCAUUUACUAUUCGUCUUAAGUACUCAUCCCAUGGAAUGGUCGAAAGCAUUAAGUAGUCUUGCUGGCGAGACAACACCAAUGGAAGCAAUAGCCACAACAGCCCAGCCAACGAUUGUCACAAUAAAAACUGAUCUCGAUGAGAUGGCAUCAACUGCGGGGCCCUCAGUGGUUAGAACGGAAUAUGCCUCAUUUGCCAACUAUUAUAUAAAUGCAUUCUAUUGCUUGGCCAUUAUAUGUAUGGUGUCUGUCUUGGAUCGAAUGGACAUUUGUCGUUGGAAUUUAUCAAAUGCAUCUGAAUUAAUAUCAUUUCGUUGGUUAAUAAUAGCAAUGAUUUAUAUAGCGACAAUAAUCUUAACAAUCUGUUCCGAUAAUAUAGAUGACAAAUUAUACUUUAAUAAUAAUGCUAAUUUAACAUUAACGCAAGAAGAAAUGCUUAGCAAUAGUAUCGUUUCGGUGUGGAGUAGUUUAUCGGUGACGCGUAGCAUUGGUGCUAUUUGUGGCUGGAUAAUGAUUGGUUUAACACCCCAUGAAGACUUUCUCUAUGAACAUUUACUAGAUUUAACCCGUUACCAAAUGACAAAUAAUUAAAAAAACCAAUACAAAAAUUAACAACUACAAUUAAUUAAAUAUUUAA